AAAAUUCACGAGCCACGGAACCGUAUAAAACUUUACUACACUCUGCACUCGUCAUUCAUUUUAUCUGAACUCAGAGAAGAUGGCACGUACCAAGCAGACUGCAAGAAAAUCUACAGGAGGCAAGGCCCCACGAAAACAGCUGGCUACCAAGGCAGCCCGUAAGAGCGCACCAGCCACAGGUGGCGUUAAGAAACCUCACAGGUACAGGCCAGGAACUGUCGCUCUCCGUGAGAUCAGGAGAUACCAGAAGAGCACCGAAUUGCUCAUCAGGAAACUCCCAUUCCAGCGCCUUGUCCGUGAAAUCGCUCAAGAUUUCAAGACCGAUCUGCGUUUCCAGAGCUCAGCCGUCAUGGCCCUCCAGGAAGCCAGUGAGGCCUACCUCGUCGGGCUCUUUGAGGAUACCAACUUGUGUGCUAUCCACGCCAAGAGAGUGACCAUCAUGCCAAAGGACAUCCAGCUUGCCAGACGUAUCCGUGGCGAGAGAGCCUAAGCCUUUUCUUGUCUCAGACAAAACACAAACGGCCGUUUUCACGGCCACCAAUAUCUUUAGAAAAGAUGCCUUCAUGCAAAGUUGAGAAACGUACGUAACAAUAUAAAACACAGGGUAAAUCUACUUCAGGUUUCGGCUAGAAACCUAUGAACAACAUCAAGGGAUUACUAAGGAAAUAUUCAAUCAACAUUAUAUUUAUUGCAAGUCGGGAAAUGCACAGA